AUGGCAGGAGCCAAGGUGCAGCUGGGACCAGCCCGGGAGGCUGAAGCCCCUUCCCACACCUGCUCCCUCCACCCCAGACGCCUGGCGGCUCCAGGGAGCGUGUCUUAUACCACCCGUGUCCCCACCGUUCUGAGAGACUGGCGGCCUCCCGGGGCCGAUGAGCUCCCUGCCAGGCCUGCGCUGCCCUGGGGCCCGCGGACAGGCAUCUCAGGGGGCUUCCCAAGCCACGUGUGGCCUUCAAAGCCCAGCCCUGAGCCCAAAGGCUCCUUCUCGCUCCGGAGCCGCUGGGCGGGUGCUAAAGACCUUCGAUUCCUGUGCGGGACGAGGAAGCAAGGGGCUUGUGGGCUGUGCGGGCAGCAGCGUAGUUUUCCAGAAGGCUGGGAACGCCGUGCUAACGACCUGCGUCUGGCCGUGGCGCUGAUAGCGGCGCGUCCACCUGGCCUGCGGGUCCCCGAGCGGCUCCCGGCGCCCUGCUGCCCAGAGCACGGGAGUGUGUGUGAGGGGUCAGCGCAGCGGGGACGUGCCCCACGUCACGUGCCCCCCGGCGAGGAUGACAAACCCCACUGUGGAGGCCGCGGCCCCAGCUCCCCGCAGGGCCCGAGAGAGCAGGAAGGCCACGCGGAGGCUGGGCUCCGUCGCUCUCCGGCUGAUGGGCAGACACUCUCCAAAGAGUCCCUCAGCCAUGCGCUCCCACUCCUGUCCCCGGAGGAGGCGAGGGACACCCAGCUGGAUUGCUCAGACCUGGCGGAGCCCCGGUCGCCUGGGGCGAGGCUGGUGGGUGGCAGCUGGUGGAGUGUGUUUGGAGGCUUGGAAAGCCACCCGCUUCACCCCCGUGUAAUCGCGCUGCUGGACAUCGUGGGCCCAAGGGGACCGGGCACUGCCGGGCGGGCCUCCUCAGCCCCCACGGGCCUGGCGUGUGGCUGGUGCUCUGCCAGCCUCCCCCCUGCAGCCCCUGCGUCUCUGGGGAGCAGCUGUGGUGACGUGCCUGGCCAGAGCCAGACAGCCCUUCUCUUCUCCAUCCCCUGUGCUCUGGAGCAGCAGCGUGGGCACCGGGAGGGUGGUUUACAGGUCGGUGUGCCACCUCAGAAGGGCAUCGGCGGCUGGGUCCCCCAUGUGGCCCCUCCCACAAGCCGUCUGCUCCAAGGGCCUUGGUGUCGCCGAGGCUACCGCCUCCUCGCUGCAUCCCUAAGCCCUGUCCACCCUUCAGGGCGGUCAGACUGCUUCCUUCCUGUCUGCCAGCAGCCAAAGCAGUCUGGGGACCAAAGUCCUGGCCCAAGGGAGGCUCAGGGGCCAGGGGGUGAUGCUGAGCCAGAGCGAUCCCAGCUGUGGUGUCACCCCGCAGAGGAGCCGCUGUGGACGACCCGGAGGGACGGCCGCGUGCACCUGCGUGUCCACCCCACCUGCCCGCAGCGGCCCUACACCAUUCACCAGAUGUUCCGGAGCACCCUGGACAAGUACUGGAGCCUCAGCGCCCUGGGCGUCAAGCGCCAGGGCGUGUGGGAGGACAUCUCUUACUCCCAGUACUACCUGCUCGCCCGGAGAGCCGCCAAGGGCUUCCUGAAGCUCGGCCUGGAGCGCGCCCACAGCGUGGCCAUCCUCGGCUUCAACUCCCCCGAGUGGUUCUUCUCGGCAGUGGGCACCGUAUUUGCAGGUGGCAUCAUCACCGGCAUCUACACCACCAGCUCCCCGGAAGCCUGUCAGUACAUCGCCCAUGACUGCCAAGCCAACAUCAUUGUGGUCGACACACAGAAGCAGCUGGAAAAGAUCCUGAAGAUCUGGAAAAAUCUGCCACAUCUGAAGUCCAUAGUGACAUACGGAGAAGCCCCUCCAAGGAAGAUGGCCGAUGUAUACACGAUGGAGGAACUCAUGGGGCUGGGGGAUGAGCUGCCAGACGAGACCUUGGACGCCAUCAUCAGUGCCCAGCAGCCCAAUCAGUGCUGCGUGCUGAUCUACACCUCGGGCACCACCGGGAGCCCCAAGGGCGUGAUGCUGAGUCAGGACAACGUCACGUGGACGGUGCGACACAGCAGCCAGGUCAGCAGCAUCCAGAUGGCCGAAGUCCAGCAGGAGGUGGUGGUCAGCUACCUGCCCCUCAGCCACAUCGCUGCACAGUUCUACGACUUGUGGACCAGCAUCCAGUGGGGGGCGAAGGUCUGCUUUGCCGACCCUGACGCCCUAAAGGGGAGCCUGGUGAACACGCUGCAGGAGGUGGAGCCCACGUCCCACUUGGGGGUGCCUCGGGUGUGGGAGAAGAUCAAGGAGCGCAUCCAGGAGGUGGCGGCUCAGUCGGGAUUCAUCCGGCGCAAGAUGCUGCUCUGGGCCAUGUCGGUGACCCUGGAGCAGAACCUGACGUGCCCCAGCAGUGACCUGAAGCCCUUCACGGCCAGGCUGGCAGACUACCUGGUGUUGGCCAAGGUCCGCCAGGCGCUGGGCUUCACCAGGUGCCGGAAGAACUUCUACGGAGCCGCCCCCAUGAGCAUAGAGACACAGCACUUCUUCCUGGGCCUCAACAUCCGCUUGUAUGCAGCCUACGGCCUCAGCGAGACCUCGGGGCCCCACUUCAUGUCCGGCCCUGACAACUACCGGCUCAACAGCUGCGGCAUACUGGUGCCUGGCUGCCUGGUGAAGCUGGUGAACAAGGACGCAGAGGGCGUCGGCGAGAUCUGCCUGUGGGGCCGCAACAUCUUCAUGGGCUAUCUGAACAUGGAGGACAAGACGCGCGAGGCCAUCGACGCCGAUGGCUGGCUGCACACGGGCGACCUGGGGCGGCUGGGCGAGGAUGGCUUCCUCUACAUCAUGGGGCGCCUCAAAGAACUCAUCAUCACAGCGGGAGGGGAGAACGUGGCCCCUGGGCCCAUCGAGGAGGCCGUGAAGGUGGAGCUGCCCAUCAUCAGCAACGCCAUCCUCAUCGGGGACCAGAGGAAGUUCCUGUCCAUGCUGCUCACCUUGAAGUGCACGCUGGACCCACACACCUACGCCCCAACGGACCAGCUGACUGAGCAAGCCGUGGAGUUCUGCCAGCGGGCAGGCAGCAGGGCCACCACCGUGUCCGAGAUCAUGGCGAGGAGGGACGAGGCCGUGUACCGGGCCAUUGAUGAGGGGAUCCAGAGAGUGAACAUGAGGGCCGCUGCCCGGCCCCACCACAUCCAGAAGUGGGCCAUCGUCCACAAGGACUUCUCCAUUGCGGGCGGAGAGCUGGGUCCCACGAUGAAACUGAAACGGUUCAUAGUCCUGGACAAGUAUAAAGACGUCAUCGAUUCCUUUUACCAGGAGCAGAAAAAGUGACCUGCCGAGACAGUAGGCCUCCCAGGGGGCGUCCGAGCUCCAGGUGCCCCUCAGUUCGUGCAAGAACUCUGGCAAGUCCAGGAGGUCCCUGGGUCAGGGUGACGCAGCGACGUUUGCAAGGCAGCUGACGAUUCCAGGAAGCCUCACAUGCGGGUAGUUUUAAUUCUAAGCACUGCCUUUUGUUCAGUGACAGGAGAUCGGCUCUGCCCCUGGGCCUGACAGGGCUAUGGCCCCCGGCCCUGGUG